AUGACAUUUGAAUUUGAAGUCCCUGGGUGGCAUAAGAAAAUGAAGAAUAAGAUAUGUCUGCAUGUGUUCUUUGUGGUAUCGACAGUGGGGCUUAUAUCAACUGCACCUACUGAUAAACCUGCAUAUGUAUCUUCAAUUGUGGACAAAGAUAACUUUACAGCAUUAGUAAAUGAUGUCAUUUACUCCAAUGAGCAAAACACAAAUGCAACAGUGUCAAAUGAUGCACUUUUGGAAACUGUCCUGAAUAUUACCUUGCAAUGGAUGCAUGAUCAUAAGCACUUGAAAGAUCAAGAUCAGUUCUCAUUGGGAAACUUAUCAAAAGAAGACGUAACUAAACUGAAGGAUUUCAUCCAGGAGUUUUAUGUCAACAUUACAAGUUCUGAAGACUCACAAAGUCUUGGAAAUGGGAUGAGUGGGAUUACAUUCAUGGUGAUCUUCCUUGGCUGGUACACAAUUAUCAUCUUUGGAUGUAUGUUAUGUUGCUCAGACUCGGACAAGCAUUGUAAGAAGUACUGCAAUAUUGAUACUAGUUAUGGGGAUGUUGUUUCUUUCUGAGGACUUACAAGAUGUCUCCCAGUACAAAUAUGCUUGUAAUAUGUUCAUAUUCAUGCACCUUUGGACGUCUACUAUGCGAUGCAUUUGGCCCCUGUUGUUUCUUACAUCAAUGCUGAGUUUGGAAAUACUUAAGACAAGAUGAAAAAGAUGAAGCAUUGAUGUGACAAAGUAGAUACAAAGAAUUGUUGAUAUAUGACAUUCUGAUACUAGUCCAGUAAAUAUGGCAUUCCAGAAAGACGAGACAUAC